AUAGGCGCCGGUCUUGUUCUUGUUCUUGUUUUUGUUUUGUGAUUGAUGAAAGAAAGAUGGUCGUUCGGUCUGAUUGUAUUUUGACAGGUUUUGAGAACUGUUUCUGCUGACCGGUUGGGGAAAAUGAUGAAUUUAUCCUGACAAUCCUUCACGUGUACAUUUUGGGCUUUCCCGAAAGAACGUAAAAUUUGGACUUAAUCUCUGGCGGUAUUUGGUGGAUCAUGACUGAACAUAAUGUUUCCGAUGCAUUUGAGACUGUUGACCCUUCACUUCAUCCACUGAAGGUUGCAGUUGAUCAAUUAUAUGCCUUUCGAGACCUUUUUUUUGAAAGCCAUACAAUUGAUGAUGCAUGCAAAAAGAAUGAGUUGGUUAAAGAAAAACUUGAUGAGACUCUUCAGUUGUUCACUGAAUUAAAAGUUCAAGCAGACAGAGCAGACAAAGCACAGUACCUUUUCCUUCAGGGGAAAGCCCUUAAUGUACUACCUGAUGUAAAUCCACUAGCCGAAGAACUACUUUCUAAAGCUCUUAAAUUAAACCCCAGUCUGAUUGAUGCAUGGAAUGAAUUAGGUGAAUGUUUUUGGAAAAAGGGCAAGAGUAGUGAUGCAAAGAACUGCUUCGAGAAUGCUCUCAGGCAUGGUCGUAACAAAGUGUCACUCCGAUGUUUGUCAAUCACAACGAGAGAUGAAGCUUUAAGAGCAAAAUCCGGCAAGGAAAGGUGUGAAAUGAUACAGCUGGGUGUGCGUAUGGCUAAAGAGGCGGUUGCUCUUGACUUUGAAGAUGGUGCGUCUUGGGUUAUCCUUGCUAAUGCACACUUCAGUGAAUUUUUUAAUAUUGCCCAGAACCCCAUGGUUCUUAAAUCGGCCCUCAAAGCUUAUGAAUUUGCUGAAAAAGAUCCUAGAACAAAGAGUACGUCAGAAUUUCAUUACAACAAAGGCAUUGCUCUGAAGUAUGAUGAAGAUUACACCCAAGCUCUUGAAGCCUUUACUUUAGCUUGCUCCCUUGACCCUACCUGGGACAGUGCAUCCCAGAAGCUUGAAGAUCUGAUAAACUACCUGGGGAAAAUUCAUGAAUUAGUCAAAAAGAAAGGGAAAGUAGGUGCCAGAAAGCUUCAGGGAAUGUUAAAGACGCUGACUCCACCUCUCUUGGGACCAUAUGCUUCCACCUACAGAAAUAUGACUUUUAACCUUGUUCCAUUAUCAGAUUUAACUCCUGGUCUCAACAUUGAAAAAGUUGUAUUAGGAAGGGUAGUGUGUCAUAUCCGCCAUGAUGAUGGUGUGCCAUUUAUAUUCUGUAUGACUGAUGCGGAACAGACCACUGUUGCAGUAACAGUGUACAACUUGGUUGAAGGCAAAGGAGUCAUUAUUGGAGAUGCUGUAGCCAUACCAGAACCUUUCUUCUCUGAAGUGCAUGUCUCUCACAAAGAAACACAAUACCAGUUUAGUUCGAUAAGGGUGAAUACCCCUGUAAUGUUGGUGGUGAAUGGAAAAAAAGUUACGAGAGACUGUGAAGCCGGCACACAGUUGUCUACUUUCAACAAACCAGACUAGGAUAUCGGAAGCUUCUCCUGCACUUCAGUUGCUUUACAUUCCAUACAUGUAAUCUCAUUUCAUGUAGUGGUCUGAUUUGUUGGGCUUCUCAGUGAUGUGUGAAAAAAAAAUUCUGUGAUUAACACUUUUGUCUGUGAUUUCCUAUGUAGGGAAGACAUAACACAUAACACUGUCCAAGAUACUACCUAGUAAGAGUUGCACCCUGGUCUCAAACAGAAGGAAGUGCUUUGUUUUGAGCCUUUUUUGUAAUGGUGUUGUUAUAGUCUAUUUUUACCCUAGCGUAACAGCAAUGCAAGGAAAUAAUUAACUAACUGUCUAAGUCAUAACAAUUUAGAAGUUCUCUUCAUAAUUAGAGGUUUAUAUUCCUCUACUGUACCCAUUUCUUAAAUGUCUACUGUUCAUACCACUCUAGGUAGGAAUAAGAACUGAAAGAGUGAAAGAAUCUUUGUGAAAAAGUGUGAGAGGCUGGUGUUCAGAUGCUUUUAAUAUACCUUUAUUGUAUAUGGCAAAAGUCCUCCUCCCAAUUUAUUCUUCUACCACACAAAUUUACAAUUUAAUUGUCUCUUGUAGCUCUUUCAUAUUGUUCAAGUGUUAACUAAGAGAAAAGGAAAAAAUAUUCUAAAAUUUAUAUUUUCAAUAUUGUAUUUUCAAUUUUCUUAUUUUCAUGUCAUGUGUAUGCUGAUGAUACUAAUUGGCAGUCGUCUCAGUUCCCAACUGAGAAUCAGUUACUUUUUGAAAAUAAUCAAUGUACUUAGGUAUUUCUAACUCCCUAAACGGGUUACCUGGAAAGCUCAUGUCAUCCACCUCUGAAUGAUAGCACAUUUUCUGUGGGAUAAAAUUAUUUUGUAGAGUUCGUUAAUGAUUGUAAGGUUGUAAUGAUGUGGCAAGUUAUUUUUUUGCUCAUAGAUUUGCAAAAGAAUUGCACAAACAAGUUGAUACUCACAUAAGUCUUUGUACUCAUAAGCUGCAUACUGUCUGAGCAUGCCAUUGUAAGGCAACAGUAAGUAUUCAGGAAAAAAGCCAAUGAACCCUUGGUGAUAGCCUUCAACAAUAUUCUACUUUUAAUAAGAAGACCAAAAUGACUAAACUUACCUUUAGAAGAGACAACUUUUGACAUUACCUGAUGCUGCCUUUGAAAAUGGUAACAUUCAGAUAUUUUCUUUAAUAUGGAAUUGUUGAAGUCUCUAUCUCAUUCAAAUUUCAGCUUAGAACCCAGAGCACAGUAGUUAAGUAUAUUCUUAUUUUGUCAGUUCAUUUCAUGUUCAUUUCUUGCGGACUUUGUGUAUCAAUCAAAUUUUUGUGGCCAAAAGAUUGUUGCAUACAUAUUUCCUUCCAGGUUAAAAGAGAUUGUGUAGGAAUGUUUCACUUUAUUUUGAGUGCAUCAUUGCAUUUACUAAAAUAAAAAGUAAAGUAACUCCUU